AAACCAACUGCGGUGGAGGAGGAGGCCGUCGUCUCGGCGACGCCGAACCCCCGCAGCAGGGCCCGAAAUUAAUCUGGCCUACCCCGCGCAGCCACUUGAAUCGGGCCCAUUUCUCUUAUCCAUGUCGCCCUCCCUCAAUUUGUUCACACUCUGCGUUGCGGACUGACGGUUGUCUUGCGCCAUGAGCAGCAAUUCCGUCGGCAGAGUUGGGUGGGUGGAUCCCGCUGGAGUCACGAGCGGCGUUCGAGGGGAGCAGGAAGAGGAGGAGGGCUAUGGAGGUUGAGUGUUGGAAACGGUUUGGAUCGUUUCACCGGUGCGGAGAAGGGAGAGAGGUGUGGAUUAGUGUGGCUGAGUUGGCCUUUUAGAUGGCGGGCUCUUCCAUUCCCUAAGGCAGGGUCGAGAUGUUGUCAAGUCUCGGUGAUGGUUGUUGUUUCGCUAGGGAUGUGAUGCCGGCAGCAGAUUUCGGUGUUGGAACGCCUGCAGGGAUGGGUUGGUUUGAGAGUUGUAGGCAGCAGAGCGGGGUGAGGGUUCAGCGGAGGUGGACGUGGAGGUGGGUUUCUCGUCGCGUGUAAUUUUGAUAGAAUCUGUCCGUUGUGGUUGAUAUAUUUGCUUUGGGUGGAGGCUGUUGCCUGGAGGGGAUUCGUGUUAUUUCGUAGAAAGCCAGUUUUGGAGGUUUUUGACAACUUCUAUAGAAGAAUUUGAACCAAUUUGGUCGCGAGGUUGCAUGGAAAGAAAGGUCGGUCCGGACGCGUUUCUACUGACCUCCCUUUGGUUCGAGCUUAAUUUGGUCUGCGUUGAUAGACGGGAUCGAGCUCUGUUUUCCGUUGCUUCCGCCACGCUUCUUGAGGAGGUGAUUUGGGCUCAAAAACGAUUCGGUUGCUGUCAUAGAAGUUUUACGAGGUGGAGCGCUCUGUACAAUCUGAAAAACAGGCACCACGAGGGUUGCCCAACGUUUUAAAGUAAGGACUUGAAGGAUCGAAGAAUAGCACAACGAAGGCAUUUUUCGUGGUCGGUGGUUGCUAGGUGGUGUAUCAUGGAUUUUAGGGAAUGGUGGUCCGUUAUUUUGUAUGAUUUAGAUUUUUCGUCAGUUGAUAUGAGGUUUAAGGUUUCUGAGUGUAUGUCCUUCCACGCAUAGUUGUAUGCCACUGUAGUUAAUUUUUAUUCAAUAGUACUGAUCGGAGUUGUAGGAUUUUGUAAUGGCGUUCAUAUCGACCAAAAUAGCAAUUGGGAUCGGGGUAGGAAUAGUUUCACUUCUAGCUCUAUGCUACUUCGUCUAUUGGGGUGUACGAAAGUUUCGGCACCGCACGAGGAGCACCGGCCAAAUUUCUGCGACCCCUGAGGAAAUUCCUAGUGGGACUCGAAAUGGGUUGAAGAAAGAAAUGGUGAUUGCAUUACCAAUCGUGAAAGCCAGUGAUGUGAAUGUUGACGAGGGAUUAAAAUCACAUUUGGAUUGCAGAUGCUCGAUAUGCUGGCAGGACUUCCGAAACGAAGCUACUAUGCGACAGCUACCCCAUUGUAAACAUGUCUUCCACAGGCAUUGUAUCGAUCCUGUGCUUGACGAACAGAUCACUUGCCCUGCUUGCGGCGUUAUCCUGACUGGCAGUUUCGGCACAUCCAAGAGAUUCAGUGAAAGGAACCCCAGCUAUCAGCGGGAUUCCUCUCGGAGCAUGUGCUCGAAUGACCCUUCGGCGUCUUCCACCCCCAAAUCGCCUGCGAUGCCGCCCUAUUGGGUUCACAUCAAUAGACCAGUGCCCCUCCCGCAGACUGCUGUAGUAACCAGCCGCUCCAGCUCUUCGGAACGAUUUGAAAUUGACCUGAACGCUUCAGGCCAGUCUCCGCUGUUGAAGUACAUGACCGGGAGCCACGUUGAAGAUAUAGAUUUGGAGCAAUGCAUCGACAUUAGCUUCACCUUCGACACCGACAUUCCAGUCGAGAGAAGACCGCCUUCAACAAACGAAAGAAGCGUAGAUUCCUUCUCCUUUGGAGUCCCAAGCGCAGACACUUUCACUUUCCCAGGACCCAGCGGUGCAGGGCAGGAUUCCUGGGAUGCUGCACCGGCAAUACCUUUCAAGCCACCGUGCAGCAGCAGAGAAUCGACAACGACUGAUGCUUGCGACACUAAUUCAGGUAAAACAUACUCACAAAGCACCUCGAGGAGGUCUCGCUUGUCGAAUUCAUUCUCCGCCAGUUGUAGCUUCAAUCGGCUAGGCACCGAAGACAGACACGCACAUUCGGAACUGCAGGAUGAGCACGUUCAUUUUGCGGCGGAUCAUCAAACUUCGACGGGGCCGCAGGAUCAAUGCUCGUUGGAUGCCUCUGGGAAUCUCACCUUGUCUUUUUCUUCUUCCGAAGCUUCGAAGAAGCCAAGCAGGGUUGUUUCAAACUGCAACACCUAUUCUCUGCAGGUAGAAAGCAGCCAAAGCACCAGGUGGGAGCGGCUGUAGGUGUGGAACUCACUUGUAAUCUAUGGAGCAGCAUCGACACAGUUCUGAUUGCACACUAUCAACUGAUCUGCUUCACUAGCUUAAACGGAUUCGUUUGACAGUGCCCAAUUGUGCUGAACGCUCAAAUUGUAAUAUGAAGCAUUCCAACGGUGUAUGUGUGUGUGUGUUUUUUUUUCUUCAGUUUCUGUUCCUGUGUAGUGAACUCAGGUUGUUUUAUUGCACCGGUCGGCGUGUAAUGCGCCGCAGUUCAUUGCUGGAACUGGCUUUAUCACAACCCACCGACAGCGUCAUGUUGCAAGUCCUGGGGGGUUUGGCCUUGUGUUCUAAACUGUAACAUAGCCGCAUGUGAACACAAACCUUGAUUCCUGAGGCUAUUAUUUUGGUGUCACCAUAAACUGAUUUUGUCA